AUGGAUUUUGGAAGGAAAAAGACUCAAAAGUACACUUUCAAGAGUCCUAAGUUAGAAGACCUAAGGAAAUUGGGAUCUUUGGUUGUUGACACAGAGGCUUUCGGAAAAAGAUAUGGACAUUUGCUCUCUCUUUUGAAGAUCAACAUGGCAGAUGGACUUCUUUCUACUUUGAUUCAGUUUUAUGAUCCCGUGUAUCACUGUUUCACUUUCCCCGACUAUCAGCUUAUGCCAACACUUGAAGAAUACUCUCAUCUGAUUGGUGUUCCUAUUUCUAGUCAAGCUCCAUUUUCUGGUUUGGAGGAAGAUCCCAAAGAUCAAGACAUUGCAAAGGCUACUCACUUGAAAAUCUCAGAGAUCAGGGAUCACAUGACCACAAAAGGAAAAAUGCUUGGUUUGACAGCUAAGUUUCUAAUGAACAAAGCUCAGUAUUUUGCUAGAAUGAGGAGUGUGGAUGCUUUUGAGGCUGUUUUUGAUCUACUUAUGUAUGGAUUGUUCCUAUUUCCUAGUUUUGAUGACUUCGUUGCCAUAGAUGCCAUCAAGAUCUUCUUAAUAGGAAAUCCAGUUCCUACUUUGCUUGCUGAUGCCUAUCAUUCUGUUCAUAUAAGGAAUUCUUACAGUGGAGGAAUGAUUACAUGUUGUGUGCCUAUGUUGUACAAGUGGUUUAUUUCUCACUUGCCUAGGUCUCAUGCUUUUUGUGACCUUAAGGAUGGUCUUUUAUGGUCACAGAAGAUUAUGUCUCUCACACAUUCAGAUAUUGUUUGGUAUAGUCGUGACUAUGAUGGAGUUAGUAUCAUUGAUAGUUGUGGAGAAUUUUCUAAUGUUAGUGGCAUAUUUUUUGUGCUUUUGGCUUGGCGUAUAUGA